UGGUAGGAGGGGCGCAGGGAUUGGGACUGCGGUGAUAAACAAACACACGCAGUACUGUCGUUAGUAUCUUGUCGAGCUCCGUUGCUACACUUUGGCUGCACCGGCUGACUUUCAGGAAAGCUGACCUUCUUCACGGACCAAGCAUUAUAAAGUCAAGACGGGGUUAACAAUUCAGGACUUUAUCUAGCUAAUAAAACCCUAGGAUUGGUGUCCCCUUCUUCCUCCCUCCCUCCUCACGGUGUUGGCUUAUGUGACACAUUAACGUCCCGGGCAGCGAAACGAGCGAAACAUGACGGAGCUGAGAAAGCGAGGCGGAGACGGAGGAAACCCUGACAGCACCGAGAAUAUCAGCGAUAAGGAGGCCGAUGGCGAUGACAGGCUGGGCUUGCAAGGUGAUGCAGAGGGAGAAUGUGAUGGUGACUCCAAAGCAGACACUCCAGAUGUUCCUCUCCCCACAGCAGACACAGACAACACUCCACAAUACCUGAACAAAGCUCUGGAGGGCCUGCCGCCCAGAUGGAAGAACUACUGGAUACGAGGAGUUCUGUCUUUAGCCAUGAUUUCAGGCUUUUUUCUUAUCAUCUAUAUGGGACCUGUCGCUCUUAUAUUAGUGGUCAUGACUGUCCAAAUCAAGUGUUUCCAAGAAAUCAUCACCAUCGGCUACAAAGUUUACCAUUCCUAUGAGCUGCCUUGGUUCAGGACACUAAGCUGGUACUUCCUGAUAUGCGUCAACUACUUCUUCUAUGGGGAAACUGUUGCGGAUUACUUUGGGGCACUGGUGCAAAGGGGGGAACCUCUGCAGUUCCUGGCUCGCUAUCACCGCUUCAUCUCCUUUGCUUUGUACCUCGCAGGUUUCUGCAUGUUUGUGCUGAGUUUAGUGAAGAAACAUUACCGCCUGCAGUUUUAUAUGUUUGCUUGGACCCAUGUGACCCUGUUGAUUGUGGUAACUCAGUCCCACCUUGUCAUUCAGAACCUGUUUGAGGGAAUGAUCUGGUUCAUUGUCCCGAUCUCCAUUGUGAUAUGCAAUGACAUUAUGGCCUACCUGUUUGGAUUCUUCUUUGGGAGGACUCCACUGAUUAAGCUCUCACCUAAGAAGACCUGGGAGGGCUUCAUCGGAGGUUUCUUCGCCACUGUUGUCUUUGGCUUUAUCCUGGCCUACCUCCUGUCUCAGUUCCAGUACUUUGUGUGUCCUGUGGGCGUCAACAGUGAGACCAAUGGGUUUACAGUUGAAUGUGAGCCUUCUGAUAUAUUCGUGAUGCACGAAUACACUCUUCCUGCUGUGGUACAAAACGCACUGAGAUGGAAAACGGUAAAUCUUUACCCCUUCCAGAUUCACAGCAUCUUCCUCUCGUCGUUUGGGUCUCUCAUCGGGCCUUUUGGCGGCUUCUUUGCCAGCGGCUUCAAGCGAGCCUUCAAAAUCAAAGACUUUGCUAACACCAUCCCCGGCCACGGUGGCAUCAUGGAUCGAUUCGACUGUCAGUACCUGAUGGCCACCUUCACACACGUCUAUAUAGGCAGCUUCAUCAGGGGGCCGAAUCCAAGCAAGGUGCUACAGCAGCUGUUGAUGCUUCGGCCUGAACAGCAGCUCAGCAUUUUCCACACUCUGCACUCCCAGCUGAGAGAGAGGGGCAUGCUCCCCCAAGCUGCUGCCCAGGCUGAGUGAAAGAUGGCCAGCUUCACAGGGUGAUGAUCGCAGUGUGUGAUGGUUUGGAAAGUUUGUGUAAGCAUGUGAACACACAAAGACACACACAUACACACACAUAAACACACACACUCUUAGGUAUGGCUGGACGGUGUGUGUGAGCCCAGGCCUCUCUCAGAGCAUCAUCCUGCCGACUCUUUGUUUGACUUCCAACCAGCUCAUAAACACGACUUUGAACAUGGAUGACUCUCCAGUGUACGUGGAAUAACCUCGUAGUAAAAACAACAACAGAAUACCAACAACAACAACAUAGGCGGCUUUGUUGCUUUCCACUUGGACCGGCACAUAAUCUUCAACACGCUUCACGAGCGAACAGGCAGUCCCUUUCCUAAAAACUGAAGUACAGACUGAAGAUAACAUGUCUUAUCGAACAAAACGGACCCUAAAGCACAUGGCUUUGUCAAUGGAUGGUAGAUGUGCAGUUUCCCUGUGGACAGACAAUAUUGCACUGACUUAAGCUGAACAAAAGGAUUUAAAAAGCUUGGGCCCAAAGUGUUGGGCACUUGGACCUGGGAUACAGCAAACAGACUGUUGACACUUUUCUUUCUGGGGUUUGGGUGUGGGCGAAGCAAUGAUGAAUACUACAGUAUAGACACUGUUUUAUAUACUAAUCUCUAUUUAAUGGUCCUAACCUCACAGCAUAACAAUACAUGUAGCAUGUACGCUAGUGCAGCCUUGGGCUACAGCUAAUUUAGCCAUGUUAUUCUCUUCUUCUACAGAGGGAACUUUAUGCUUUUAGGUUUCUGUCUAAAUCUAAAUAACCUGCACAAAUAAAGUUAAUACAGAUUGACUGUAGGCAUGUUAACGCAAAAACUAGAGCAUCAGCACUCAAGUUAAUGUAUUGUACAUAAAUAUACUGAAGAUAUUUAGCUGCACAAACACGUAGUACAUACUAUAACUAAAAACAACUUUGUAAGCUAUGGAAAAUGAUAUGCAAAAAAGAGAUGUAACUCAUUUGUAGCCUUUUAGAAUGAACAAAUUAGAUUUUUAUGAGGCAGGGAUGUAGAUUUAAUUUGAGGUUGCUGCUCAUUUGGAGGAUGUGCUGGGUGAACCUAUAUGAGAUUAUUUAAAGGAAUAGUUUAACAUUUGGAAAAUACACUUAUUGUUGCCGAGAAUUAGAUCAGAAGAUCGAUGACCAAUCUCAUGUCUGUGUAUUGGAUAUGUAGCUAGAGCCGUGAGGUGAAUAGCCUAAAGUGCUCAUAUUAUGCUCUUUUUCAGGUUCAUUAGUGUAUUUAAAUGUUAUAUCAGAAUAGGUAUACAUAGUUUAUUGUCAAAAAACACCAUAUUUUUGUUGUACUCCACAUUGAUGAAGCUCCUCCUCUUCCCCCUGUGUGUGGAGCUCUCUGUUUUAGCUACAAAAUGAGACAUCUCACCGCUGCACCAUCUUUGUUGGGAGUUGCAAAGGCACAGUACCUAGGUACGCAUGGCUAGCUAGUCAGUUGCAGGGUACGAGGGCGUGCCACGCUAGCAGCUAGGCAAACAUUGUAAAGUGUGUUACAAAGUGAUUCACCUUCGUCACGAAAGUAAAGCCUGGACUAUAGUAGAGCUGUUUGGAGCAGUUUGUGAACCGUGUUUUUGUUGGAGAUGGUAAGUCUCUUUGGGGUGGAUUUUUUUGCAUUUUACUUUGUAAACUUAUAACAUGAACAAAAAGAUAUAUAACUAUAUAUAAUAUAAUAAAGGAAAGAUAAAAAGCAUAAUAUGAGCACUUAAAAGACUGGAAGCAUGGUUAAACAGCAACAUUCUAAAAUCGGCCUACCAACACCUACAAAGCUCUUAACACAGUGUUGGUGAACAACAGCUGCAUGCAGUAACUUCUCGUAAUUAUCUCGUCACAGUGACGACCAAACGUGCGCAGCUACCUUGGAGGCUGUGGACCACAUUGGAAUGUAAAUUAUCACAAAUAUAUUAUCUGUUCAUCAAGAAAAAUACACAUCUAAACUUUUAAGUGGUAGUUUUUACAUGUUUGUUUGUGUACGGAUUAAACCAACAAGCUACGUGUUCAUUUGUGAGCUUUUUAAAGGAUGCUACUUUGAAGAAUAGUAGUCAAGCUUCUUCCCCCUGCUUCCAGUCUUAAUGCUAAGCUAGGCUAACUGCAAACCUAGCUCUUUAAUCCAUUCUAAACGCAAGCAUUAGCGUGAUUUUGAUCUAAUCUAACUCAGACUAUUUUGCCAAGAUGGUGAACUAUUCCUUAAUUAAAAGAAAAAAAAGACUGCCUCCUUUAUCGAUUUAACCAAUGAUUUUAGUUGCACUGUGGGGUUGGGGUAGGGUCUCCGACUCAAUGUUUGUCAAACUGUUGAAAUAAAAAUCUUGCUAUUUUAAAGUCUUCUCAUGCAUUAAAUCACUGUUAAAUUAGUAAGUUUUGAAUGUAGUUUGCAAUGUUUGCAAUAUAAGACCUAAGUACAUUCAGAGCCUAUAUACUGUACAGUUUGUGUGUGUAUACAUACAGCACUGUAUUUAAACAUAUCUUUAGGUAUAUACAAAAUCUGAUGGCUGGUGGUUUUAUUUGCAAUAUCUUAUGCAAGUUGCAGUUUGAUUCCUUUAGAAUGUGGAUUUGAUCAUUAAAUUCUACAAGAAAUAUAUCGCGUUUAUGAUGUUCACCAGUGUGAUGAAUAAGAUGAUGCGUUGUAAGUGUUUUAAGAGGUACCUAGUCUGGCUCAAUGGAUGUACAUUGCUGGGAUAAAGUCUGAAUGGAUGUCCCUCCAGUCUUGCUGUCUCCGCCAUAGGGCUUAGCGCCGCCCAGUACGCUUGGGAUUGAGACCAUAGAGCAGCGCUAGCAAGGUUGUUUUUUUUCCCCCAACGUCUCCUUGCAGGCAGCGCGGCAAUGGUUAUGCUUAGGGGGAGCUGCCUGGAAGGCAACGUUGGAGGCAAAAAAACCUCUGUGAACACAGCGCUGUGGAGAUACUGUAGGUCUGGCAAUGAAGAGGCACUAGAUGGGCCCGAUGAAAUUCUCUGAUGGAAUCCAGACCUAUUCAGAGAGAAAUGUUUACCAAAGUACUGUCUGAUUAACACUGAUUUCCUUCCGUUAAUGGAAAAAGCUCCAGGGCCUAUGUUCAAACGUCCAUCUCCUUUUGGCAUCCUCUCUUUGGUCUGAAAAAAACAAGGCAAGUUUGGAACUAUGCUGCAGACUGGACUGCUAACAUUUGCAUCCGUGGCCUGUGCAAUGCUCUGUUUACUUCCUUUAGUUGUUGGACAAAGGAGAUGUUUUAAUUUAUUUUUCAUUUGUGUUGUUCAUGUUUUCCCUCAUACAUAGAAGUGUAUUUUAGGGUGUUUUCCCUCAUGUAAAGUGAAUGGGGGUGCUGGGUGGAUUUUUGGGACCAGCUGUAUUGUACUGUAUAAAUGUAUAACUAAAGCCUCCAUCUGAGGCAAAGACUGCUGCUUUACAGGCUACUGUACCUACAUACUGAACAUGAUGAGGCAAAGCAUGUAGACACCUGGGCAGUGUUCACACUGAAGCAAUCAGACCAAAAGUCAACACAAACAGCAGAUGGUCAGUUAUUUAGAUUUUCUUAUUUGUUUUAAACACUGUUUUAUGGAGUCUAGAAUGUGCCACCAGAAUAAUUAAACAUUGUUAUUGGUAAAUUCAUCAAAAGUAUUAGAAAUCAAUGGUUAUUUGAAAUGUUUACAUUUAUGCUAUU